CACACUUGAUUACUGAGAAAGCAGGCUGCUGGUGGCGGCAGAAGGCGAGGAAAGCAGUUGGUAAAAGAAAGGAGCUUGAGGGAGUUGAGGAACAGUAUGGGGAAGAAAACGAAGAAGCCCGGGAAAGGAAAAGAGAAAACCGAGAAAAAAACGGUUAAGGCAGAGGAGAAAAAGGCUCGCAGAGAGGCCAAGAAGCUCUCUCCUGAAGACGACAUAGACGCCAUUUUAUUGAGCAUACAGAUAGAGGAUGCAAAGAAGAAGGAAGUCCUUGUUGAGGAUAAUGUCCCUGCACCGUCACCUCGAUCGAACUGUACUCUGAGCAUUAAUCCGUUAAAAGAGACUGAAUUGAUCCUCUAUGGUGGUGAAUUCUACAAUGGCAGCAAGACAUUUGUAUAUGGUGACCUUUACCGUUAUGAUGUGGAGAAGCAAGAAUGGAAGCUGAUAUCUAGCCCCAAUAGUCCACCUCCACGGAGUGCUCACCAAGCUGUUGCUUGGAAGAAUUAUCUGUACAUUUUUGGUGGGGAAUUUACAUCUCCAAAUCAAGAGCGCUUCCAUCACUAUAAGGACUUCUGGGUGUUGGACCUCAAAACCAAUCAAUGGGAACAACUUAAUUAUAAAGGCACCCCAAGUCCUCGUUCGGGUCAUCGAAUGGUCUUAUACAAGCACAAAUUAAUUCUUUUUGGUGGCUUCUAUGAUACCCUCAGAGAAGUAAGGUAUUACAAUGACUUGCAUAUCUUUGACCUAGAUCAGUUCAAGUGGCUAGAAAUCAAGCCGAAGCUUGGAGCUUUAUGGCCUAGUGCCCGGAGUGGUUUUCAGUUCUUUGUUUAUCAAGAUGAGAUCUUUUUAUAUGGUGGCUAUUCGAAGGAGGUUUCCUCUGGUAAAAGUAGCACAGAGAAAGGAUGUGUUCAUGCAGACUUGUGGUCUCUUGAUCCAAGGACUUGGGAAUGGAACAAGGUAAAGAAGAGUGGGAUGCCUCCUGGUCCUCGUGCUGGUUUUUCAGUAUCUGUGCACAAGAAGCGCGCUGUAAUGUUUGGGGGAGUGGUCGAUAUGGAAAUGGAAGGCCAGUAUCUUCUCGUGGACGUUUUUGGUGUCACAUUUGUGCUCUUGCACGCAACAGAUUUAGAGAAAAGUGUUUUGACUUAUAGAUGGAUUUUGAGUGCUUAUCUGGCAUUAUGAUCUUUGUCGUUCUAAUCUCCUGUGAAUUGGCAAUCAGUUAACCAAUACUCAGUAUCUUUUGGCAUCUCAAUUAGUUUGUUAUGGACUUUGUCUUCCUUCUUCCUUAUCUUGGCUCAUGGUUAUCUUUCCUCUGUUCAUGCAGGUGAUGUAAUGAUUAGCUUGUUCUUAAACGAACUCUACGGCUUCCAGCUAGACAACCACAGAUGGUAUCCCUUGGAGCUGCGCAAGGAAAAGAAUACAAAAGAUAAGUUGAAAAAGAUAUCUGAAUUAAGCAACAGUAAUAAUGAAAUUGAAGACUGUUCUAAUAUGGAAAUAGAUGAGAGUAUGGAAGAAACCGAUAAGGAAGCUUAUGCUGAAGCCAAGGUUGAUCUCAUCUCUGAGAAUAUGGGUACUAGCUUGAGUGUAGCUGAUGCAGGCUCUUCAACCACUAAGUUUAGCGUAAAGGUUGACAAGGCCAAAGUGGUGCAAAGUUCAGCAUUCCCUGAGGUUGUGAAGCCCUGUGGACGAAUCAAUUCUUGCAUGGUGGUCAGUAGAGAUACAUUAUACAUGUAUGGAGGGAUGAUGGAGAUUAAAGACCAGGAAAUAACACUUGAUGAUUUGUAUUCUCUCAAUCUCAGCAAACUUGAUGAGUGGAAAUGCCUCAUACCGGCAUCUGAAUCUGAAUGGGUGGAAGCCUCAGAGGAUGAUGAUGACGACGAGGAGGAUGAAGAUGCUAGUGAUGAAGAUGACAGUAAGGACAGCAAUGUGGAUGACUCUGAGGAAGAUGAUGACGAGGAUGAUGUUACUGAGGAGGGCAAUGAUGUGUCCGGAUCACUUCAAGUGGGAGAUGCAGUUGCUAUCAUAAAGGGUGAGAAGAAAAAUCUUCGAAGGAAGGAGAAACGAGCGAGGAUAGAACAGAUAAGAGCUAGUCUUGGCCUUUCCGAUUCACAAAGAACUCCAGUGCCUGGAGAGUCUUUGAGGGAUUUCUAUAAGCGGACGAAUGUGUACUGGCAAAUGGCAGCACAUGAACAUACUCAACACACUGGGAAGGAGCUUCGUAAAGAUGGGUUUGAUCUUGCUGAAGCUCGAUACAGGGAGCUUAAACCAAUUCUUGAUGAGUUGGCCAUUUUAGAGGCAGAGCAGAAAGAAGAAGAGAAAGAAGAGGGGGAAACAAGUUCCAGAAAGAGGGGCAAGAAGAAAAGCAAGUCUAGUUCCCUGCAAUAGACUCAUCAACCAAGAGCGUUUGAGAGGGUGAGGAAAAACUUAAUUUAAGCGCAAUUUGUCAUCCUUUAAGCUAUGAUUAUGUUUGUUUUCUGGAAGAAUUUGCAAAUGGUUAAUGGUAGAGUACUGGGGUAAGGGUCAGUUUCGAGGAAAUCAAAGCAAAAUUAGUGCAGCUUGUUACCAAAAUCAGCUUGCUAGUACUUUUGUAAGGAUGCCUAUGUUAAUGUGGCACACUGUAGACCCAAAUGUCCAGGCUGAUGCAACCGAAGCCUUCAUAGCAGGAGCUUCAUAUUGUUUGCUUUACUUGUGGUUGCUACGACAGCAUAGAACAAAGGGAAGGAAUCCUGUCUACAAGCAAGAGAGUGGAAGGCCCCCGCAAACCAUAACGUUCUAGUAAUCCUCGGUAUCCGGAGGAAGAGUUCUCGACAACAUUGCCUCUAAGUAGUGGUUUAGGGACUACUACCGUGGAUGUUGGCCACAAACAAUCGCAUCCCACCCGUGUUUUAUACAAGCUCGUGUAGCACUUUCGGUCAAGACAGCACGAGAGUUCAUCUUACGACACUUAGAUCUUACCAUUCUAUAUUACAAAAUAUAUAUUUCAUUUGUUCAAGGAACAAAGUGAAAGCAACUGAAACUCUCACCACUCCAUUGUCCUAAGAUACAGUUAGUUCAUCAAUGCAUACACGUUUGCUGUGCCCAGUUGAGCAGCAAUCUUGGACAAGACAAUGUACUACGUAAAACAGCCAGUUGCCAUAAUUAGUAACAGAGCUAGGGCAUCACACUACGGUCCUAAUAUACAUGUCCUAAGAUAAGUUCACACCAUGGAAAGUGAUAUUCUUGCCAACAACUACCCUGCCAAUUCACCCACAUGGUGGCGAAUGAUGUGAACGGCAUAGACUCCCUCGCUGCAGUUAUCAACACUGAAAAUGCAUUCAUCCCCAACCCGAAUAUCAUGGUCGACGGCGAAAGCUUCCCAUCCGUACUCGAGUGCAACUUUUGUGGUCGAUGUUCGAAGGUAGAGUACAGGCCAGAGUCUAGUUUUUGGAUCCUUCAGCAUCACCACCGUCCUUUGCGAGCUUAACCUUUCACCUAGCAGUGGCAGUGGUGCUGACAAAUCCAAGUGAGUCCGGGUCUCGUUCGGAAUAAUAUAUGAGAUCUGGGCUGAAAUCGGUGUGGGAGGAUUGCUGCCGAAACAUAUUGGUUCAGGUUUUAGUACCGCCAUGGGUACCAUUUCAGUUUUCCUCAUCCGACUGCAAGUCGAAUCAACCUUCAUUUGCAUAGAAUCAACCUCAUGUCCUGACAGUCGCUUCCCAGUUCUCGCAGCCUUGAGCCCCAACUCUAGCACCUUUGAUGGAAUGGAGAACCCCUUGGACAAGUUCUCCUUAGCAAAACCAGCAACCAACUUCUUACUCCUUUCAACUAUAUCACCACUAUCCAGCUUCCCUGUUGCUGCAACCUUGUUUUUCCCACAGCCACCCGUUUUAUGCUUCACUGUCAGUUCCAACUGAUCACCUCCAUCCUUCCUCUGCAGCUUCCUCUCAAACACCUGCGAUCUCUGAAACUUACCAGCAGCUGAAUCAAGGAGCUUUUCAGUUGUGGCUUCAACUUUGUGCAACCCUUUAGCACUCCUUGUCUGCACUUUACCCAUUUCCGCAUCCCUUGAGCAUUCACCAUUGACAAAUUGGUGGGGGUUACUGUAGCUAGCAGAGAGCCCAUUAUUCCUGUUCCUUGUAAUAUCAUUCGACUUCUCUUUCUUUGGCCAUUUCAACUUGGGUUGCUGCAGUUCAACAUGACUAGCUCUUUUGUUCUUCUCGCUCCUGCUAAUUGGAACAUCCCCCGACUCUUCUCCACGAUCCAUUUUGGCUUUCUCACGGUAACCUGCUCUUUCAUUAGAUGCCGCCUCUGGCUCAUCAUUUUCAUCCUCCGUUUCCAAGUCUAUCACCGUCGGGGUUCUCGCACUCCCUCCAUUCCUCGGCCGUUUGUUACCAGUUUCAGUGCCACUAAUACCUUGCGCAGCUGGGAUUCUGGAGCUCUUCUUACCUUUGGACUCUUGAUAACCCUUUUCAUUGACGACCUUGGACUGCUGGCCUCGGAAUUUUCCAGUGUCUGAACCCUUGUCACCACCAUGGUUGAAGCCAUGUGGUCCAAACCCACCACCAUAGUUGUUAUGAGCAACUUGUUUCUUGUCCGAUAUUUGAGCGGCAUUCAACUUCUCGCAAGCUGUUCUACCGUACAUCCUGACUUCAAAGUGUGACUCGACGAGGUCGAACACAACGAAGUCUCCGAGUACCAAAUCAUGGUGUUUG